CUCCUUCAUCUGCCGGUCUGAGCACAGAGCUGCAUGUGACAUGUGAGGGGGGGCAGUGGAGGAGAUGACCGGACAGACAGAUGCAGACAUACCUGAAACAGGAGCCAUCUUCACAUUUGGAAAGAGCAGCUUUGCAGACAAUGUACCCAGUAAAUUCUGGUUGAAGAACGACCAUCCAGUGCAUAUAUCCUGUGGUGGGGCGCACACUUCUGUCAUCACAGACAAUGGGAGGAUCCUCAUGUUUGGUGCCAACACCUGCGGCCAACUGGGGCUGGGAUUUAAACGUGCAGCCAGUAAACCUGCCUCUGUGAAAGCCUUAAAGUCUGAGACGGUGAAGCUUGUAGCUUGUGGGAGAGAUCACACAAUUGUCUGCACAUGGCAGGGUUGUGUGUACGGUGCUGGCAGUAACCAGGAGGGGCAGCUCGGUUUGGGUCACUGCAGCAACACGACGUCCUUCGCCCUGCUGCCUCCCUUCUUUGACCAUGCACCAGUCAGGAUGCUCUCUGCAGGGUGCAACACCUCAGCUGCCUUAACAGAGGACGGCAGGCUGUUCAUGUGGGGAGACAACUCCGUGGGUCAGCUUGGUUUAGGGGACGAGGGAUCAGCAGCAGAGCCCAGAGAGGUGGAUGUUGGAGAGGCGGUGAUGUGGGUCUCCUGUGGAUACCACCACUCAGCAUUUGUCACAGUGGAUGGAGGUCUUUACACGUUUGGUGAAAGUGCGAAUGGACGUCUUGGUCUCCAGACAGAGCAGCUCGCCAAUCACACAGUCCCCCAGAGGGUGCAAGGGAUUCUGGGUCGUGUCAUCCAGGUGUCCUGUGGAGGGGAGCACACUGCAGCACUCACUGAGGAGAACGUGUACACGUUCGGCAGGGGUCAGUACGGUCAGCUGGGCCAUGGAACGUUUCUGUUUGAGGUCGAUUUGCCAAAACCACUGGAGCACUUUUCUAACAGCAGCAACAGACACGUCUCCUGUGGAGAGAACCACACUGCUGUGAUCACUGAGAACGGCCUGCUCUACACAUUUGGUGACAGUCGUCAUGGGAAACUGGGCUCAGGGGAGGAAAACUUCACAAACCAGUUCAGCCCAACACUUUGUAGACGUUUUCUCAAAUACAACGUUCAGUUAGUGUCCUGCGGUUGUAACCACAUGCUAGUACUGGCUGCACCCAAACCACCAGAGAGCCAUGAGGUGGUGCCAGAGAAGGAUGUCACCAUCAAUGAGAGCUUGUUGCGUUUAGAAAUGCUCCUGUUAGACACUUUGACGGAUCCAACUCCACUGGUCCCAAAGUCGGCCCUCGCUGCUCGAGCUCGCCACAGAGAGAAAGAGAGCUCUGUGGAUCUGUUUGGAGAAAUGUUCCAGAACCUCCCACGUUUGAACUCUGACUUCCUCAACGCCUCCUGGCAAACAUCCAGGAACGUCUUAAGCCGCACGACACGUUCAAAGGAUGUGACCACCCCUUCAUCACCCCCCAAACCCCUGUCAGACGCACCACCAAGCCCACCACUCUCACCCGCACCUCUGUCCGAAUCCGUAUCCUCCAAGCCAUCAAGCUUACAUUCUCAAUCAUCACUUCAGAGUAAAUUCCAUAGAGCCUCCUCCUCUACGUCUGAUCCCAAAGACUUUCCCUCUUCCAUGCCGUCGCCAAAGUCUGUAACUAAACGUAACCCGAACGUUCUCUUCCCAAAGAGGAUUGGAAAAAAUAGAGUCCAACACACGUCGGGUGCUAAGAAGGCCUUAAAUGGCAGAAUGUCAUCACACACUACAGGUCUCAGAGAGAGAGAAGGCCUCGCCUCAUCACAAACAGAGGGAGAAAAUGUUCAGAGACAAGUGAUCAGUGAAGAUUUGCAGAACAGAAGAGCAGUCGACUCUGACAUUUUGCCAGAUACGGAAAAGAAAAAGGGCCGAGCUCUCAGAAGAACAACAAAAGACGACUUUGCGUUUGCUGAGCAGCUCCAGUCCGGAGGGAAAAUAGAAAAAACUUCUCACGGGGCCUUCCCCGCCGAGCUCUUGAAAGGCUGUAGCUCUUUAAAGAAAGGAGCAUCUGCAACAAAGAAAAAUAACCACAAAGCCACAUCCAAAGGAAAAGAGAACAUCACAAAGCAGCCAAAUAAAAUCCAAAAUCAAGAUGAGAAAAAGGCACAAAAGGAGCUCUACCAUGUUAAAUCCACAAAACACAGUAGGAAUGAACCAUCAGAGUUAAAUGAAAAAGCUCCACAAUCUAUUCAUCUGACUAAAGCAGGUCAGAGAGCAACUGCAAUGAAGAAAAGUGGAAGGAAAAGUACAGAUUUGCAAGCAGUCCACAUAAACCAGGAGGAUGUGAUAGAUUUGAUAAGGACAGCAAACCAAGAGGAAUCUAACUUGUCAGCUUUGGACAAGACAUCUCCUGUUAUCAAGGUCACAGAAGGGAAUGAAACAAACAGCAUGUCUGUCCAAAGAGGAAGUUCAACUUUCAAGGGAAAUGCUGCAGAGGAAGAUGUCAAACGUGCACCAAUCCAGAUUAAAAGAACAGACGCCAAACUGGCCCCAACGAGAGAUGUGCCCAAGGUUAAAUCUGCAGCAGGGAAAGGUCAAAGUAAAAAGCUGUCAUCGGUGAAAAAAGGAAAUACACCUGUCACCACCCCUGAGAAAGCCCUCAGUGUGACGUCUACACCUGUAAAAGUCAAAGGGAAGCAACAAAAGCUCAAAUCCACACCAGUCAAAAGUAAACAUGUAGAAAAUAAUGCAGUUCAAAGUAGAAGUGAAGGACACGGUGCAGAUAAAUCUGUCAAUAGCACGGAUCAGAGAAUGAAAGGUAAACCUGCAGACGAGCAGAAGUUACCUGGUGACAAGAAAGCACAGGAAAAGCCUGUGUGGGAAAAAGGAGAGGAGAUCAAGGAUAAAGGUGAGGCAGACACUAAGGAUAAUAAAGGGGCCAAGCUGAGGAGUAAUAAGACUGUAUCUCCACAGCAGGAUACACCUACACCUGUGGUGGGUAACACACCUUCCUCACAAACCCCUCAGAGAACAGAGGAGGUUUCUGUCAGCGGUGCCAAAUUCCUGCAGGCCUUUGAACCUGCUGAUAGAGAUCUGCUCGUUUCACAGAGAGAAGACAAGGAGGCCGAGGAUAAACCAAGAUGGGCACAAAUUCUCAGUGACGCAGUCGCUGUUCUUCCCGCUGCUGGGAUGGCAGGUGCAGCUGUGGAGGUCCUCGCUGAUGCAGUUACCAGUGUACAGGCGGACAUCAGCGACACAGCCGUCUCAACACCGUCCAAAGCAUCCAGUCGAGGGAAACAGUUCACAAAGCAAAGUGCGAUUAGGCAGGCUUCCUUCGCCUCGACAUUGUCCUCUGCAGAAUUGUCAAAUCAAGAAGAAGAGAACGCAAAGAAACACGCUCAAGUCAGUGUCCCGUUAGAGUCUCGGAAUAGAGUUCAAGAAGAUGACUGCGAUGAUCGUGAUCAGUCUGAACAUGAGGCUGUGAAAAGUGACACGACCAAGCAGACAGGGGUUGAAGACUGUUCACAAACAGAAGUACACACCUUGAAAACUUCCCAGCAAGACCACGAAGAGGAGGAGGAUGAAGAUCAGAAAACCUCCAAGGUCUCCAGAGAAGAUGUAGGAGAAGAGGAUGAGAGUAAAAAGGGAGAAUACAGAGAAACUGAAGAUGAGGAGGAAGAGGGAGAGAGUGUAAGCAAUGUGGAUGACGAAGAGGAAGAAGAGGAGGAGGAUAGAGGAAAAAGUAGCUGUGACAAAAAGGAUGAAGCAGAGAGUGUUUCUGGAGAGGGUGAGCAAGAGGGAGAUGAUGAAUCGGAGGAAGAAGAGGGUGAGGAGGAAACAAACUCUAGCAGUGAGGAAGAGGAUGAAGGGACUGAGAAGAACAAUAGUACGGAGAUUGAAGAGGAGGAAGAAGGAGAAGAGGAAGAAAGCAGUGAAGUGAUGGGUGAAGGUGGGAGUGAGUCUGAAGCAGUUGAAGAGGAGGAGGAGGGAAGUGAACAGUCCAAUGAAGAGGAAGAGGAUGAAAGUGAGGUGAGUGAGGACGAAGAAGAUGAAAGUGCUGAAGAGUCGGGGAGCACAAUUGGUAGCAAGAGUGAAGAGGAAGAAGAGAAGGAAGAGAAAAAGGGAAGUGACACUGCAGAGUCUGCAGGAAGUGAUGAAGAGGAAGACGAAGAAGAAGAAGUAGAGGAAGAGGGUGAAACUGAGGAGCAAAAAGAUGAUCAAGAUUCCACAGAAAGUGAGGAUGAGGAGAAAGACUCAGAAGAUGAAGAGUCAGAUGAGAGCAAAGGAGAGAAGAAAGAUGAUGAGAACCAGGGUGAAGUGAGUGUUGAUAUUGAAGAGGAGGAAGAGGAGGACAACGAGAGUGAUGAAGAGGAGGAGGAGCAAGAUGAAUUCAGUGAAAAAGAAGAUGAGGUGUGUGAGGAAGAGGAGUUGUCAGAUGAGGGGGAAAGUGAGAGAGAGGAUGAAAAAGAGGAUGUUACAGCAGAUGAAGAAGAAGAGGGUGAGGAAGAGGUUGCAGAGGGGGAAGAAGAAGGUGAGAAGGAGAAAAUAAAGAAUAGUACAGAGGGUACUAAAAAGGCUAGGGCAGAGACAGAGGAAGAGGAGGAGGAAGGGGAUGAGGAAGAGGAUGGUGAGGAAGAAGAGAAUGAAACAAUGGUUAAACUGACAGAGACAAGACCCACAAAUCUGAGACAGGAACAAAGUAAACAAAAGAGUGAGGAUGAAGGGAGAGAAGAAGCGGGUGAGGAAGAAAAGGAGGAAAAAGAAGAGGGUUGGGAAAGAGGAAAGGUUGCAAAGGUGGCUGAGGACGAACAUGAGAGUGAGGAGGAGGAAGAAGAGGAGGAAGGAGAAGAGGAGGAAGGAGAAGAGGGUCGGGAAAGAGGAAAGGUUGCAAAGGAGGAAGAAGUGGGGAGGAGGAGAAGGAAGAGAGGAGAAGGGAGGAGGUGGAAAGGAGAGGUUGCAAAGGUGGCCAAGGAAGAACAUGAGAAAGAGGAGGAAGGAGAAGAGGGUCGGGAAAGAGGAAAGGUUGCAAAGGUGGCCAAGGAAGAAAAUGAGAGUGAGGAGGAGGAGGAAGAGGAAGAAGGAGAAGAUGAGGAAGAAGAGGAGGAAGGAGAAGAGGGUCUGGAAAGAGGAGAGGUUGCAAAGGUGGUGGCUAAGGAAGAAAAUGAGGGUGAAGAGGAGGAAGAGGAGGAGGAAGGAGAAGAUGAGGAAGAAGAGGAGGAAGGAGAAGAGGGUCUGGAAAGAGGAGAGGUUGCAAAGGUGGCUGAGGACGAACAUGAGAGGGAGGAGGAGGAGGAAGAGGAAGAAGGAGAAGAGGGUCAGGAAACAGGAAAGGUUGCAAACGUGGCUGAGGACGAACAUGAGAGUGAGGAGGAGGAAGAGGAUGAGGAAGGAGAAGAUGAGGAAGAAGAGGAGGAAGGAAAAGAGGGUCUGGAAAGAGGAGAGGUUGCAAAGGUGGCCAAGGAAGAACAUGAGAGUGAGGAGGAGGAAGAGGAGGAGGAAGGAGAAGACGAGGAAGAAGAGGGGGAAGGAGAAGAGGGUCGGGAAAGCGGAAAGGUUGCAAAGGUGGCCAAGGUGGCCAAGGAAGAAAAUGAGGGUGAGGAGGAGGAAGAGGAGGAGGAAGGAGAAGAUGAGGAAGAAGAGGAGGAAGGAGAAGAGGGUCUGGAAAGAGAAGAGGUUGCAAAGGUGGCUGAGGACGAACAUGAGAGGGAGGAGGAGGAGGAAGAGGAAGAAGGAGAAGAGGGUCGGGAAAAAGGAAAGGUUGCAAAGGUGGCUGAGGACGAACAUGAGAGUGAGGAGGAGGAAGAGGAGGAGGAAGGAGAAGAUGAGGAAGAUGAGGAAGAAGAGGAGAAAGGUGAAGAAGAAGAAGAAGAAGAAGAAGAAGAAGAAGAAGAAGAAGAAGAAGAAGAAGAAGAAGAAGAAGAAGAAGAAGAAGAAGAAGAAGAAGAAGAAGAAGAAAAGACAAAAACAAAAACAAAAACAAAAACAAAAACAAAAAGACAGGACACACAGGAGUUGCCUCCGGACAGAAAAGAGAAGCAGCAGAGAGAAAAACCCAAACCAGCUCCGAGGACGAGGCAGAGAACUGCAGGAGAGAAGAACCCAGAGGAGAAGCAGUUCUGGAACAAUGUUCUACCACAGUAUCUGGACCUGCAGUGAAGGGUUUCACACACAAAGGCUCAGCUCAACGCUCCUGAACAGGCAAAAGGUAUUCAAGUGGUAUUUAGAGCAGGAGAAAGUUUUAUUUUUUGUACAUGAGUAAAAACGUUUUGUUUCUGUAAAAAUAUAUUUUUAGAAAAUUAUAUAUAUAAAUAUUUUGUAGCUGUAGAAAUGUUUUGUAAAUUAAACAAAUACAUAUUUCAUAGGUGUACAAAAAACAAUUGUACAGACAGCAGUGGAUCUUGUUAAAGAUAAAUAAUAAUAUUAAUUUAUCAAGCUCUGGAAACAUCUGCAGUAUUUGUUACCAAGGCAAUAAUUAAUGCUGGUUUUAGUCAUUUCAAGGGAUUUGUUGACAGUAAGAAAAAUACAGACUAUCGCAGAACAUCCUUUAAAAAUAUACAUUUGGUUUAAAAUAAAGACAUGCUUGAUUACACAAGUUAAAUUAACAUUUUGGUUCUCUGUACAUAAUUGGAUAUGAUUUGAUUUAAUCAUUAAAUUGUAUAUAUGAA